GAUUUGAAGUAAACUUCCUCCUCUUUCAGUGUGAAGCUAAACCUCACUUACAGGAUGAGGUCUGGCAGUCUGAAAGGGCUGCUGAUGGUUUUUGUCUUGGUUUGGGCCAUGUUUUACCUGGGCUCCAUAAAAAGAGAAGUUCAUGACUAUUCCAGAAACCUCCAGAGGGUUCACCUCAAUGACUCCAUCAGGGGUCACGGGGUCCUGCAGAGGAUGAGCAAGAUUGAAGCAGACAUCGACAGGCUGAUCAGUCUGCUGCAAAACAACAAGCAGAAAACGGUGAUGGAGACGGAACGGAAGGAGGAGAGGAAGGCAGUGAGGAAACUUUACCCAAACUCUCCUCUGUUCCGCAAGUGGGGGGACCAUCUGUCUGAAGAGGAGCAGAAAGAAGCCGAGAGUUUGUUUAAGAACUACGGCUACAAUGCUUACCUAAGCGACAGGCUGCCACUCAACAGAGAGAUGCCCGACACCAGGCCUUCCAGAUGUGCAGAGAAGAAAUAUCCAGCAGACCUGCCCUCCCUCAGCGUCAUCCUGAUCUACCUGGAUGAGGCCCUUUCCAUCAUCAAGAGGGCCGUCAGCAGCAUCAUCGACAAGACGCCCGCCCGCCUGCUGAAAGAAAUCAUUCUGGUUGAUGAUCACAGCACCAAAGAGGAUUUGAUGCAGAAGCUGGAUGACUACAUCAGCUUCAUUCAUAAAGAGCGUCCAGGCCUGGUGAAGAAAGUGAGACACUCUGAGCAGCUUGGCCUCACUCAGGCCAGACUGUCAGGAUGGAAAGCAGCAACAGGAGACGUGGUGGCCAUCUUGGAUGCUCACAUAGAAGUCAAUGUACAAUGGGCAGAGCCUCUGCUGGCUCGGAUUAAAGAGGACCGCACGGUGAUCCUCUCACCAGUCUUUGACAAAGUCAACUACGAUGAUUUUGCUGUUGUUCCCUAUCCUCCUCAUGCUCACGGUUUUACCUGGGCUUUGUGGUGCAUGUACGAAUCCUUCAGACCUGAGUGGUACGCUUUAGGAGAUACAUCACAGCCCGGAAAAAGCCCCUCAAUCAUGGGAAUACUUGUUGCUGACCGUAAAUUCUUUGGGGAGAUUGGCAGCCUUGACGGGGGAAUGAAAAUUUAUGGAGGUGAAAAUGUGGAGCUGGGCAUCCGGGUGUGGCUGUGUGGAGGCAGCAUAGAGAUAAUUCCUUGCUCUAAAGUUUCCCACAUUGAAAGAUUUAAAAAGCCGUACCUCCCGGAUCAGAGAGACGUGAUGAGGCGUAACGCACAGAGGGUGGCUGAAGUUUGGAUGGACGAGCACAAAUCCAGCGUCAACAUCAUUUGGAAUCUCCCGAUAUCCAACCAUGGGAUAGAUUUUGGUGAUGUAUCGGAGAGGAAGAAGCUCAGAGAGAGAUUGAAAUGCAAACCCUUCCAAUGGUACCUAGAUCAUGUGUACCAGUCGCUGCAACCAAUCAGUGACGUGAUUGCUUAUGGUGGUCUGACUAACGAGCUGUCGCCAAAGUUCUGUGUGGACCAAGGUCCGGUUCCGGUACACUCACCAAUACUGUAUCCAUGCCACUUUUUGUCCAAUCAGCGGUGUUAUUACCACACUGACGGAAAAUUGUACAUCGGUUCGAUUGGUUCCCACAAAACUGCUAAUAAUAACUGCCUGGUGGACCCCAACGCUGGCAUCUACCCACAUCUAUGUGACUGCAAGAUGGCCAGAGAGAAGACAUUUCACAUGUUAUGGGAUUUUAAUCGGGGAGGACCUAUCAGAAACAGAGGCACAAAGAGAUGUCUGGAGGUCACGAAAGGCGAAGAUGGAUCCUUCAAACUUGUAGUUCAGAAGUGCAGUGGUCAAAGGUGGAAGAUACAACAUGUGACUGAUCGUUUUAUGUAACAAAAACCCCCUCUAGUUCUG